AUGUACGUUCGUUUAAUCGCGGCCGUUCUGGUCUCUGUUAUCUCAACAUACGCCCAUGCCGUUGAUGAAGAUUGGAACACAAAUGCAUCCGAUCCUCUUGACUGGAGCUCAGCAGGCAGCAAAAAACCACUAGGCCAUGGAGUCUUAGAAACACGAAGUACUACGACCUGUGGUCCUUCCGCCAACAACGCAGUUUGUGCAUCGAACCUUUGCUGCGGGCCAAAUGGGGUUUGUGGAACAGGAUCCUAUUAUUGCGCUGCACCAUCGUGUCUUUUCCAGUAUGGUCCCGCCUGUGAUGCGAAUCAAACCCCUACAGGUGUCAAUACUACCUCGGUGCCUCGACCAAAGUUAGGCAGCACUCAAUAUGGAGUCAGUAUCAGGGACUGUGGUAUCCCUGGAAAGGUUGCCCUCACGUUCGACGAUGGCCCGUACAUCUACACGUCGGCUCUGCUCGAUAUCCUGAAAGAAAAAGGGGUCAAAGCUACCUUCUUCCUCGUUGGUAAUAAUGGCGGCAAGGGCCAGAUCAACGAUCCGAAAACGGGUUAUCCAGCUCUCAUCCAGCGCAUGUACAAUGAGGGCCAUCAGGUCGGAAGUCACACUUGGAGUCAUGCAGACCUGUCUACCUUGACCCGCCAGCAGCGGUACGAUCAGGUGGUCAAGAAUGAGAUUGCUCUGACGGACAUUCUUGGAUUCUUCCCUACUUAUCUCCGUCCACCAUAUGAGUCCUGCAAUGCAGAUUGCUUGAAUGAUCUGAAAGACCUGGGCUAUCACGUUGCAAACUAUGACAUCGAUACACUUGACUGGCAAGGAGAUUACACACGCAGCCAGAGUAUCUUCUCCAGCAACCUGAAAUCCGCCAGUCCUUCAGCCCGCGGCUUCAUAUCCCUCGCGCACGAUAUUCACGACAAAACCGUCCACAUCUUUGCAGCAUACAUGAUUGAUACCCUCCUUGCCGCUGGCUACACAACUGCCCUGUACGGCGAAUGCAUGAACGAUCCCCCUGCAAAUUGGUAUCGCAAUUCGACCACGGGCGAGCCGUAUACCGGUGCCUCCCACAACACCUCAACUGCCUCUAAUGCCAAGUCGGUCUCGGUCAGCAGCAACUCGACGACAACGAGUAUAACUCAUUCGUCGACUACGGCUACCCCUAGUGCGGUUGUGGGCGGCGAGGGGGCCUUUGGAAGUCGAACAGGAAAUGCGACAGUUAGUGGUACAAAUGGCACUGCAAGUGGUACUAAUGGGACUGCUACGAAGAGUCAGGCAACGUCGGGCAUGGGUUUGAAAUCUUCAGAAACAGCGGGAACAUUUUUUGGGAUGGGCUUGACGUGGGCAAUCCUCAGUUGGCUAUUCUGGAUAUGA